UACAACAUACACACGCCUCUUUUCGGCUGCUUGUGUCGUUUUCGGUUUUCAAUCCGGCUGUAACAGUCGAUCCGGCAGGGUCGCGACACAGUUUUUUUUUUCCACUUACCACGAGAAUCGCUGUGAUUUUUUUUUUUCGUCUUCUUCUUCUUUUCUAUAUAAUAAGUAGAAUAUAUAAUUUCGUAAUUCGUGUGCGCGACGCUUUCUCUCGUCUGUCUCGCUCGCCUCUAUCUGUCUAUAAUACACUUGUGCCUUGCGUGAAUAAAUUUUACCAAAAAAAAUGUUUUCUGCCUCGAAGAUCACCAAAACUUUCGAUGACUUUUUCGCUUCUCUCUCACGCCGCAGAAAAAAAUACACAAACAUGAAUGAAGUAGUGAUUCCCGAAGUGGAGCAGACCGUUGGUCAGCUUGAAAGGGGCACUGUGGUCACAAAGUUUUUCUCCAAAAGAAAGCCAGAGAAGAAAACUUUGAUGAUUCGCAGAGAAACUAGACAAAUUGUGUGGACCAGAACUGGAACUACGAGUCCUUACGAAGGAAGAGUGGACAUGAGAGAAAUCAAAGAAAUUCGAUUGGGGAAAAAUUCAAAAGACUUUGAAAAGUGGCCUGAUGAGUCAAAAAAACUGGAUAAUGUUAGGUGUUUUGUUGUUUAUUAUGGAAAUGAGUUCAGACUCAAAACUCUGUCCAUAGCAGCUCUGAGUGAAAAAGAAUGCGAACUUUGGGUCAAAGGUCUUAGAUAUCUAGUUCAAGACACAAUUAAUGCAACAUAUCCUUUGCAAGUUGAAAGAUGGUUGAGAAAAGAAUUUUACAGCAUGGAAAACUCCAAUGAAGUAAUAUCGUUGAAAGAUAUGAAAGCUUUUCUACCUAGGGUAAAUUAUAAAAUUCCAACCAAUAGAUUGAGGGAACUUUUUCAAGAAGUUGAUAUAAGGCACAGAGGAGAAAUUGGAUUUGACGAUUUUGUUAAACUAUAUCACAAAUUAAUUUUCGAUAAUUGUAUAUUGGAAGUAGAUUACUCAAAAUUAUUACAGUACACAAUAAAGAACUCAGAUGUUCGAAUUAUCCCAUUGCAGAGAUUUCAAAAGUUUUUGAAAGAACAACAAAAUGAUCCUCUCAGUCUUUCUGAAGAUUAUGUUUCAGACUUUAUGAGAAAAUAUUUAGAUGAUGUUCACAGGGAUGUACAAGAACCAUAUUUUACUUUUGAAGAGUUUAUUGAUUUUCUAUUUUCUAAUAGAAAUGAUAUUUGGGACAAUACUAAUGAUGAUAUUUAUCAAGAUAUGAAUAAGCCUUUAUCUUAUUAUUGGGUCGCAUCAUCACACAAUACGUAUCUGAUGGGCGAUCAGAUAAGCAGUGAAAGUAGUUGUCAAGCUUAUGUUAGAGCUUUAAGAGCUGGAUGUCGAUGCAUUGAAUUAGAUUGUUGGGAUGGACCCGAUGGGAUGCCUUUUAUAUUCCAUGGUCAUACUCUUACAACGAAAAUCAAGUUUAUAGAUGUUAUAAGAACGAUCAAAGAGCACGCUUUUGCCACUUCUGAAUAUCCUGUUAUUCUUUCUAUUGAAGAUAACUGCACAUUAGUACAACAACGAAAAAUGGCAAAGUUAAUGCAGGAAACUUUUGGGGACAUGUUGCAAAGUAUGCCAGUAGAUAAGAAUGAAGCAGCUCUUCCAUCACCAGCUGCCCUGAAAAGAAAAAUCUUAUUGAAGCACAAAAAACUACCUGAUGGUGGAGAUGAAAGUUCCUUUGUAGUUCGUAACGACGAGUCGCGAAAAGAAUUGGAUUUGAGGAGUACAAUAAAAAAUGGGAUUUUGUAUCUGGAAGAUCCUGUUGACCGAACAUGGAAUCCACACUUUUUUGUACUAACUCAGCAAAAAUUAUUCUACACCGACACAUUUCAUCGAGGCCAAGAGGUUGAAGACGAAGAUGACAGCAGUUCGAAUAAACAAGAACAGGGACGUCCUACUGAGGAACUUCAUUUUGGGGAAAUGUGGUUCCAUGGGAGAUUGCCCAAUGGUCGACUGGAGGCUGAAGAAAUUCUGCGCAGGUACUCGUAUCUCGGGGAUGGAACGUUUUUGGUCAGAGAAUGCGUGACAUUUGUGGGCGAUUAUUGUCUAUCUUUUUGGAGAAAAGAUAAAGUUAACCAUUGUAGAAUUAAGUGCAAGCAAGAGGGAAACGUAACAUCUUAUUAUCUCAUAGAGCCGCACUGUUUUGACAGCCUAUACAGUCUUAUAACGCAUUAUCGUUCCUAUCCGUUAAAAAGCCAGGAGUUUAAGAUUAAACUGGCCGAGCCAGCUCCGCAACCGGCGAAACACGAGGAUCAAGUAUGGUGGGAUCCGUCCUGUUCGAGAAGCGAAGCCGAGGAUCUGUUGAAACGCAUACCCGAGGACGGCGCGUUCAUGGUCAGAAAAAGUGAAAAAGAGAACAACAGCUACGUUCUGUCUUUCAGAGCCGAGAGCCAAAUAAAACAUUGUCGUAUCAAGUUGGAGGGACGACUGUACACGAUCGGCGCGGAGCAGUACGAGAGCUUGGUCACUCUGAUCAACGAUCACAUAGCCAACCCACUGUACAACAAAGUCAAGUUGACUCGUGCCGUAAACAGGAGCAUGAUGAAGCAACGAGACUUGCAGAUUCCAGACGACGGGUCGGUAUAUGCGAUCCCAGGAUACAUGGACCCCGCCACGUUGGAUAAGAAAAUCACCUGCAAGGCGAUGUUCGAUUACAUCGCCCAAAAGGACGACGAGUUGACCUUCGUCAAGCACGCCAUCAUCCACAACGUGAACAAGUGCGAAGGUGGUUGGUGGCGAGGUGAUUACGGCGGCAAAAAGCAGCACUGGUUCCCGUCAAAUUACGUCGAGGAAAUAAACGAGGACGAUACAUCCGAUUCGUUGCUCUUGGGCAAUUGGCAAAAAGGCUCCCUGGACAUCGUCGGUGCCUCUUGCGAGGUGAUACAAUCCGACCAUCUGCAUUCCACCGACUUUUCGCACAUUCUGCGAAUUCACAAUCCAGCCGCGUGCUCGGUCUUCGAGGCCGGCGCCAAAGGCAAGGAAUACGCUUACAGUUGGAUGGACAACAUUCAGCAGACCGGCCAGAACGCCAGUUUUCGCGAGAGCAAGCACAAAGAGAUCGAGAGGGCCUGGAAGAUAGCGAAGGAAAUGUCGAACCUCAUCGUCUACUUCCGCUCGGUGACCCUGAAUCUCGAGAAGCUGCGCAGCAAGGGAUUCGUCUACUACGAGAUGAGCAGCUUCCCGGAGAGCAAGGCCGAGAAGCUGUUCCAGCAGGAGCGCCGUUUCUUUUUGAAGUAUCACCAGGUCCAGUUCAGUCGGGUCUAUCCCAAGGGCCAGCGAAUCGACUCGUCCAAUUACAAUCCUCUGCCGAUGUGGAACAGCGGCUGCCAGAUGGUCGCGCUGAAUUAUCAGACGGGCGACAAGGCCAUGCAACUGAAUCACGCCAAGUUCCGCGACAACGGCGGCUGCGGAUACCUCCUGAAGCCGAGCUUCAUGUUCCAUCAGGACUACGAUCCCUAUGACAAAAACUCCUUGGUCGGCGUGGAGACGUGGAAGAUCACGAUAGGCUUGAUCGGGGCGAGACACCUGCACAGGGCCAACAGAGGCACGGCCAGUCCCUUCGUGCAGGUCGAGGUUCUGGGAGCGGACUACGAUAGCGGGGUAAAAUUGCAGGCCAGGACAGUAGCGGACAAUGGCUUCAAUCCAAUGUGGACGGAAUCGUGCGAAUUUUACGUGUAUAAUCCGUAUUUAGCUAUGAUUCGUUUCGUCGUACAAGACGAAGAUAUGUUUGGCGACAGUGAUUUCAUUGGCCAAGCUACAUACCCUGUUCGAUGCAUGAGGACCGGAUACAGAAGCGUGUCUCUGAGAAAUAACUACAGCGAAUAUCUCGAACUGGCGUCACUGCUGGUCCACGUGCAGAUUACUGAGAUUCCGAGCACUCAAUUGUAAAAAUAAUUAUUAUAAUUAAUGAACGCUCGUCUUAUGGCUUCGAUCCCCAAAGAUUAAUGAAACUAGACACCGAGGACUUGAUAAGUAACGUUAAAAAAAUCAGACACCGUUGAUUCUACAACGUCUUGAAUGUGGCUUUAGUCGUGUUAAAAAAGAAAAAAAAUAUAUCAACCGAUAGGUAUUAACGAAAGCUUUUAAUGUACCAGUACAAAGAUGCAAAGUUUUUUUUAUUACUGCGCUUUCAACUUUAUCCUCCUGAUGAGAUUUAUAUACGAAAAAAAAAAAACUGGCCUCGUUUACAUGUCCAGUCUAACGUUGUAUUUUUAACCGUAUACCCGUUGAAUCGCGUGUAGAAUUAAUUUAUUUUAAACUAAAUAGAGCUUAUUGCUGAUUUUAGACGAAACAAAACGCCGCACGAAACGAAAAAAAAAACUUUAUUGCCAAUCAGUGGCAAUAUAUUUUUUGUAAACGAAAUAUAUUUGUUUUUUUUUUUUUUUUUCAUGACGAUUUUUUUAAAAUAUAUAGAUUAUAUACUUAUACGAUAGCUUUACGAUUGCCGCAAUAUUUUUGUAUCUAUGUAUUGUCAAAAAAAAAAAAAAGAAAAAGAAACGAUGUCAAUGUUCUUCCGUUGCUAUUUUUUUAUGGAAAAGAACUUGUGAUUCUGUGUCCAGUGCAAUUAAGAAUGCAAUUAAAGUCUUAUACAUAAUGAAAAAAUAAAAAUACUAAGUAAUUAUACGUUAACCGUUAGUGUAAAUCGAUUAAUCGAUCGUUGUAGCGUCAAUUUUUUGUGAAUAUAUACAAUAUACAGAUAUCGAAAAACCAA